AUGGCCGGUCACACUAUUUUAAGAACAAGGAAUAGAAUUCAUUCGGAAAUUGCCAGGGCAUCUUUCGCAUAUAAAAAACAUAAACCUGCUCGUCAUCAUAAACCUACGAAAACUGAGUGUGAAACUCCAACUCCAACUAAUAUUCCUUGUUGUCAACCUGGGAGUCCUGGAUUCCAAAGUUCUGGACAAAUUCAUGCUUUUGCUUCAUCAUUCACCAAUACAUUUACUAAUACAACUGCGCAACAAUGUUGUGAAGCAUGUUUUAAUGCUUCUAAUUGUGUCGAAUGGUAUUUUGUUCCUAAUCAAUGUUUUAUGAAUUCAAAUGCAGAUACUUGUAAUAAUCAACUUACGAUACCUAUUAAUAAUAAUUCAUAUUCCAAUGGUGGAAUUAUGCGAUGUGACGCAGAUG